AUGGACCGACCUGCCCACGAGUACUCGCAGACAGGUUUGCCCUCGCCCUACCCCAGCAGCUUCGGCGACAACCAUUCUGAAGGUUCGACCGCAGACCACGCGUCCGCUGCGCAGUAUCCCAUCAAGCAAGAAGUUAGCUACCCGACCUCGGCGACUCCUACCUCAGAGUACGGCGUGUAUCCCCCAUCCGCGCGGUCAGGAUCCUACCAGGAGCAUCUCCAGCGUUCAUACCAUCCAGCAGGCAACACCACCAGCGGAGGUAUGGCGCAACAACAGAACAGUCCGUCUUUCACCCAGCAGGAUGGGCGAAGCCAUCAAGCCCACACCGUUCAUUCUGACACCGGAGUACCUAUAGACCCGAAUAUUGCGGCUCCUAGCCCAACUUAUCCAUACGGCGCCCAGCACUCUCCUUACGGAGCGAAUCCAGACAUAACACACAGUUACUCGCAUGCAAGCGGCGGCAUGUACGCGCAGCCACGUCCCGACUGGACAGGUUACGGUCAGCAUGGUGCACCUUUGACACCUGGACACCCUGUAUAUGCUCAGUCUCAGGCCUCUCAACAAGCACAGCAAAGACCAAACCAGGUUUACUCCUUUGUCCCCAUUCCCGGAGCGCAGCAGCACAAGCGCCCCAGGCGACGCUAUGAAGAAAUUGAACGCAUGUACAAGUGUGGGUGGAAUGGCUGCGAAAAAGCCUAUGGUACAUUGAAUCACUUGAACGCCCACGUCACGAUGCAAUCUCACGGACAGAAACGAACCCCUGAAGAAUUUAAGGAGAUCCGCAAGGAAUGGAAGCAAAGAAAGAAGGAAGAAGAGGCCCAGCGCAAGGCUGACGAAGAACGACAACGCGCCGCUGUUGCUGCUGCACAGGCCCAGAAUGGUGGACCGGAUCAAGGACCUGAUGUUCCUCCGACCUCGACUUAUCCAGGCUCUCGCCCUGUGCAACUUCCACCCAUUGGUUACCAGCCUAAUCAGUACCCUGCUCCUCCUUCAGGAGGUGUUCCGCAGCAGCCGCUACCAGAUUAUGGUGCUAGUCACAUGUAUCCCAGUUACCAGCCUCACUCUCCGUACGGGCAGCCAGGACAGAACAUGUACAGCCAAUCCAAUGGUGGCCAGCCUCCCAGUCACUAG